AUGGCCAUGCCACAGUCACCGUCCCAUGAGGGUUACGGCCCCGUGCCAUUCCCCAGUAACCCAGCACAUCUAGACCGCGGCUAUGGGUUUUCCGGAGAGUCUCGACCAAAUUCUUACCUUGCCAAUUCGAUUGUGCCCUCUGACUUCGCGGUUGUGCAACCCACAAAUCCCAUGAAUCACUCACAAUCAGCUUAUCCAUCGCGCUUCAACGAGGAAAUCGACAUGUCCCAACGAGGGAGUUUUCUUACAACCGACGGUGCGUCUGGAGGCGCUGGCUUGCAAAGAAGCGAAUCGCAAAUGUCUCAUAACAGCGCGACGCCGUCAAGGGGUGGCACACUGAAGAAGAAACCAUCCUUGGGCAGGAAGGCUAGCCUGGGACGAAGUGGCAGCAGGCGCAGCCUUCGCGCCGGCAGUGUAAGGAGCCUCAAUCUGGGAGAAAAGGAAAAAUAUGUCCCCGAAGACGGUAACAGCGCUUUCUACGUCCCCAUACCAACAAGUGGCAGUCCGACAGAAGAACUUGCAAAUCGCUUUCAAGCUUGGCGCAAGUUACUCAAGGACCUCAUUGUCUUCUUCAAGGAGAUACAAAAGUCGUAUGAGACAAGAGCAAAGUUACUACUCUCAGCUGGUAAUAUUAUAAACAACACAUCUCUGUCGCCUACUUUUCUCGAGUCUGGUGGAUUGGGAGAUGCCGCAGAAAUUUUGCGUGAUUAUCACAAACAAGGCCUUGCAGAAGCCAAUAAAGCUAAAGAAGUUGAAAACGAGGUCAUCCUUCAAUUGACUGGUCUCAGGAGUGACCUUCAACAAAAGACCAAGGAAAUCAAAAGCUUGUCCGGAGAUUUCAAAAACACUGUGGACAAGGAAGUGGACGGUACGCGAAAGGCAGUCCGCAAUCUGCAGGAAAGUUUAGGCCUCGUUGAUGUUGAUCCUUCUGCAUCAUCUGGCAGACAUGACCCAUUUAUCCUCAGGUUACAGGUUGAUAAGCUAGUCGACAAACAAAUCGAGGAAGAAAACUAUCUUCACAGAGCAUACUUGAAUCUGGAAAAUUCCGGUCGUGAACUGGAAUCGAUAGUUGUUGGCGAGAUACAGAAGGCUUAUAAUGCCUAUGCUAGUAUCCUGAAGCGCGAAUCGGACGUGGCCCUGGAUGCUGUCGAAAAACUUCGAGCUGGCCCCAUCUCUAUGCCCAAAGACCAUGAAUGGAACAACUUCAUCACAAACAGCGAGCAGCUCGUUGAUCCUAGAAUACCCGUCCGCAACGUUGAGAACAUCACCUAUCCCGGAAAGGAUCACCCGGCAGCAGCUGAGGUUCGAUCCGGUAUGCUCGAACGCAAGAGCAAGUAUCUUAAAAGUUAUACUCCUGGAUGGUCCGUCCUACCUUCUUCCAACCUACAUCUCCGCGAUUGUUUUUGGCUAACCUCAGUUUGCGGCUUUAUAAACAGGUACGUGUUAUCGCCAACCCAUCUACACGAAUUCAAGUCUGCAGACCGGAUAGCUUCCCAGACACCAAUCAUGUCGCUUUACCUUCCGGAACAGAAACUAGGUUCACACUCGCAGCCUGGUUCUUCAUCCCAUAAGUUCAUGCUUAAAGGAAGGCAAACCGGUGCGAUGCACCGUGGCCAUGCUUGGGUAUUUCGAGCAGAGUCUUAUGACACAAUGAUGGCAUGGUUUAAUGAUAUUGAGAACCUUAUCGAGAAGACCGGCGAAGAUCGGAAUGCAUUUGUAAGGCGUCACAUUCGAAGUCUGAGCGGAAAUAGUUUUCGAGCAAGUUCGAUAAGCAGUGAUGGGGUUAUGGACGAAGACGAAGCCGAUCAAACUCCUUAUUCUAGCCAGUCGGCUGUCCUUCAAAGGGCUUCUUCAGUUAAAGGAGAGCCGGCACAGCGCCCGCGACCAGGUGGGCGUUUCCCAAGUGAUGUACAAAUCGACCGACACUUACAAGCUACCAUGUCGCUUUCUAGUGGAGAGAGCUCCGGUGCUCGAGAAGUUAUAGUCAAUACCGCUGCCCUCCCUGGGUCUGACGUACCACACACAUCCGAUGAACAUAAUCAGGAUAUGGGCGAUGCUACAGUCCCCUCCCAUGGCCAGUUGGCAUACCGACCGGCCGAUGGAGAGUAUAACGAAUUUUACGGAACCUGGAGUGGAACAGAUCAAGAGCCCGACCAUCUUUCCCAGCAGGAGCAACUCUAUCGGCAACAACCUGCGGCAUCUUCUCAGCCCCCUAUUGCCACAAAUAGCGAAGCAAAAAACGAGCACUAUGCCGAUGUUGAUACCCUAGAUCCUGCACAAACUUCAAUAUAUGCCGCUGGCGGACACAUACUCGAUGAAGAUAUAUCAUCAACCAGGAGACAGGAGUCUCAACGAUCACGAGAAACUUAUUCUACACAUUCAAUGACUGCUUCGAUCCCAACCUCGGAGGCAACUUCUCCACUAUCCGAGAACACUGCUGCGACCACGGCGACACGUCCUACCCCAAAACCCAAAGAAAGCGAGUCGACACUUGGCUUGCUCAAGAUGCCCGGAGACUACCCUCGCCCUGCGGCAAGCUAA